AUGGUGGUGGUGGUGGUAAUGGACAAUGUCGAGAUCAUCGGGGCGGUGGGUGACACUGAAGGGAUUGGCGGCGGAUUUAUAGAUUUAAGCAUAAAGAAGAUGGAAAUGAGAGAGAAGAUUAAGAGAGAGGAGAUUAUUGUAUCCUUGGGUGCUCAAUACAAAUCAUUAUAUUUCCUUAACAAAACCUUGGUUAACAGGUUGCUGGAUGUAGCAUGCGAUGAUUACAACAAAUGUCAUUUGAUUUUUGAAUAUCUGGACCUUGAUCUGAAGAAAUUCAUGGAGAAUAAUCCGUUGGCAUGUUUGAAUAAACAAAGGAUAAAGAAUUUUUUGCAUCAAAUUCUUUUGGGUGUUGCAUACUGUCAUAAGCGUGGAGUUAUGCACCGAGACUUGAAGCCUGCGAAUUUGCUGCUAGAUCUCAAUGCCUCUGUAGUGAAGAUUGCGGACUUUGGAUUGGCCAGGACUUUUCAGAUUCCUAUUAGGGAAUAUAGUCCCGAGGUAGUAACUCUAUGGUACAGACCACCCGAAAUCCUCCUUGGCUCCCGGGUAUACUCCACGCCUGUCGAUGUGUGGUCCGUAGGCUGUAUAUUUGCUGAGAUGGUUAUGCAUCAGCCUCUGUUUGAUGGUCACUCCAAGAUUAGUCACCUGCAUCAAAUUUUUAGGAUUAUGGGGACACCAGACGAGACAACAUGGCCCGGAGUGACCUCACUACCAAAUUACAGCCUUGACUUUCCCAAGCACAAUCCUGAGAACCUGAAAGAUUAUUUUCCUCAACUCAAACCAGCUGCACUUGAUCUUCUUUCUGUAAGUUGUUGCUUUCUACUGUAUUUUGAGAAUCGAGUGAUUUGAAGGAAUGGAAAUAGGGCCUAUUGAAUCUUCAUUUAUGGAUAACUAACAAUGAAUCAUUGCUCAGUACCUUUCCAUCUUUCACUAUUUAGUUGAACUGCCCUCUCUUGUUUAUAAAGUU